GCUUUUGCGCAUUCGGUCGCUCAUACGUGCACAUACACUCGCCCACUCACUCCACCUACCGCGCUCGCACCUAGAAUAACCAAUUCCCUAAAUCACCACCUCGGUCGUUCGUCUAGAUUCCAAACCACAAACAUGCGAUCCGCUCUCUUGACUUGCGCCAUUGCUGGCCUGACCGCCGUCCAUGCCAUUCCCACCAUCAAAGCAAAGGGCUCCAAGUUCUUCACCAGCGAAGGAAACCAAUUCUUCGUAAAGGGAAUUGCCUACCAGCUCGUUCCUGAUGAUCCUCUUCUCGAUGCUAAGCAGUGCAAGCUCGACGCCGACCUCAUGAAGGAGAUCGGCACAAACUCAAUCCGUGUCUACCAUGUUGACCCCGAAGGUGAUCAUGACGAGUGCAUGAAGACCUUUGAGGAUGCCGGUAUCUACCUCUGGCUGGACCUUGACACCUUCGACACCCAGAUCGAGCAGAACUCUCCCCACUGGAAUGAGACACAGCUCCAGGCUUUCCAAAAAGUCAUGGAUGGCUUCCACCAGUACGACAAUCUUGCCGGCUUCUUCGUGGGUAACGAGGUCAUCACCAAGGAGAAUGGCACCCUCUCCGCCCCCUUCGUCAAGGCGGCCGCCCGCGACUUGAAGUCCUAUCGCGACUCGAAGGGAUACCGAAAGAUUCCCGUCGGUUACUCCGCUGCCGACAUCGCCAUCAACCGCCCCAUGUUGCAGAACUUCCUUGCCUGUGGCAGCAACUCCUCUGAAUCCAUUGAUUUCUUCGCCCUCAACACUUACUCGUGGUGUGGAGAUUCAUCCUACUCAACCUCUGGCUACAACAAGCGUGUGGAGGAGGCCAAGGACUAUCCCGUCCCCAUCUUUAUCUCUGAGACGGGCUGUAACACGGUCCCGCCCAGAGACUUUGCAGAUCAGGCCGCUGUCUUUGGCAAGCAGAUGUCGGAGGUGUACUCAGGAGCCAUGGUGUACGAGUGGAUCCAGGAAGCGAACAACUACGGCAUCAUUUCCUACGGACCGAAGGUUGACCCCGAGAGUCCCAAUGCUCCCCCUGAUGGUUUCCCACGAUCGGGAAAGCCUACACCAGUCGACCCGGAUUUCGCCAAUCUUAGCAAGCAGUGGAAGACGUUGAACCCUACUGGAAUCAAGGAGUCUGACUACAAGCCAACAGCGACGGCCCCCGCAUGCCCGUCGUACACCUCGGCAGCUGAGCUGCAAUGGUUGGUCAACGGAAAUGAUCUCCCCACCGUUGGCGCUACCUACCAAGCAUCUGCCAGCGCUACACAGAGCAGUGCUACACCUACUGGCGGGUCCAACAAUGGAGAAGGACAGCCAAGUGCUACCCCUAAGCAGGGCCUGUCUCCAGGAAGCCCAGUCAGAGAAGUCCAGGGCAUGGGCCUUGGUCUUUUCGGAGUGUUGCUUGGUUUCUUCUGGUGGAUGUGAAUGUGAAAUUAGCGACCAUGUCAAGAUGAGAGAUGGAUUGGGAUGAAGCAGAACGCCCGGAAGCGUUUUAAUGGCAGAUACUCGGAUUGAUGGUACAUAUACCCGGUUCCUUCUAACAACCUUUACACCUAUAUUUCUGUAAACAGUACAAGAAAGCAUGACAGC